UUUGGGUCUGGAGCUGGGUGAGUGGGAGACGUGCUGGGAGAUGGAGCGAACCGUAAUCGCCAGGUUGGCCCUUAAACUCGGCAUCGAAUCCAGGAGGGUCAUCUGGAAAGCAGAGGAAUAUUUGCGCUUGUCUGAGGUGAAGUGCACAGGGUUUUCUGCACACGUGACAGCAACGAGCAGCGCCGUGAUGUGUCUUGACCUUGCAGCAACUUCACUUAAACAUCCACUUGACAAAGAUUUUAUCCUAAGACUAUCUGGGUUGAACAAGAAAGUUUACCAGACCCAUCUGAAAGCCUUGGAAAGUAUCCUUGGUCUACAUACUCAGCUAGGAAUCCGAGAUCUGGCAGUUCAGUUUGGCUGCAUCGAGGCAGUCAAUGCAUCAAACAAGAUACUGCAGAGAUAUGAAACCAGUCUUUCGGAAGCACAGCAAGGUGAUCUUGAUUUCACAAAGCCCCUCUUCACCACUGCGGCUCUAUGUACUGCAUGCAAAUGUUUGAAAAUAAAGGUUGACAAGGCCAAGCUCGUUGCUUCAUCUGGUGUGAAGAAGACUGUCUUUGAUCGACUCUGCUCUCAGAUGGAAACGUUUGGGAAAGUUGUUUGCAAUGAAUCUGAUGAAAAAUCUAAAGGAAAUAAAAGGCAAAGGAUGUUCCUGGAAUUAUUAGAAAAGGAGGAAGAUGAAGAGAUUCCAACAGAACCCAAACGAGAAAAGGCUGAACACAACAUAACAAAACAGCAGGAUUAUGAAGACUGGAAAAGGCGAAUUCUAGAAAAUGCAGCCAAGGCCAAGAUGAUAAAUUCUUAGUUUCUCACUUUGUGUUGAGCUCCAGUGAAUGCAGCAGUCCAAUAUGGUAUAACGUAUAGGGGGACGGGGGACAGGACCAUUGUUCUAUUACUGUUGUCUUCAUUUUAGAAACCAUGUCUACAAAUUUAUGACUUCCCUUAAUUUGUGCAAUCCAGUCUGUGGAUAUGACUGCUCACUUUAAUUACAGUGAUCAUUGGGACACAUAGAUUAAAUGAACUUGGUAGACAUUGUGAUGAAUUGUGGUUUUACCACUAAAGGAACUAGUAUAUGGAAGUCUUAAGAUCCCCUUUUUGUAAAAUAUAUUACAAUUUAAAUGCAUUUUGUGUACAUGAAGAGCUUGUCUGUUUUAGAAUUAUUAUUUGUGCUUUAUUGAUAUUUGAAGUAAGAGUUUAUGUUUUAACUUUAAUGACAUUUUCAGAGAAAUAAAAUGGUUUACCUUUA